AUGGCCCACGGCGACACCUGCCCAGAUGUUCAGAUCGUGGGCCUGGGUGGAUCCGAGAAGCUCGCCAUUCUGCGGGGCUGUCCAGGUAGGACUGGCCCAACAGGACCCUGGGGGAACCCGGGUGUUCCUGGCGCAAAAGGCGAGAUGGGCCCACAGGGAAUUCCCCGGAAAAUUGGACUCCCUGGACCGAAAGGAGACAAGGGUGACACAGGUGUCCCUGGAGAUAAAGGACCCCGAGGACCCCGUGGAGAGAUAGGAGAGAAAGAGCUGAACGACAUCCGUUGUAAGCAGGGUGCAAAAGACUGCUGAGAACUCCUGGCCAAGGGGGCGGUCCUGAGCGGCUGGUACACCAUCUACCCCCAGAACUGCACAGCCCUGACGGUGCUGUGCGACAUGGACACAGACGGAGGAGGAUGGAUCGUGUUCCAAAGACGGACGGACGGCUCUGUGGAUUUCUACCGGGACUGGGGCGCUUACAAGAGCGGUUUCGGAAGCCAGCUCACCGAAUUCUGGCUGGGAAAUGACAAUAUCAACCUCUUGACCGCUUUGGGAGAGAACGAACUGCGUGUGGAUCUCACCGAUUUUGACAAUAAACUGGUGUUUGCCAAAUACGCGUCUUUCAGUGUUUCGGGGGGAAAGGAUCAAUACCGGCUGGCUCUUGGGAAAUUCCUUGGCGGCACCGCAGGCGACUCCUUAUCCGGCCACAACAACAUGCCAUUCUCCACCAAAGACAGACAGCAGGACCCUGAGAACAAGAAAUGCGCAGAGACGUACAGAGGCGCCUGGUGGUACAAGGGCUGCCACUCCGCCAACCUCAACGGGUGGUACUGGCUGGGGGCGCACAGCUCUUUUGCCGACGGGGUGAACUGGAAAAGCGGCAAAGGGUACAACUAUUCCUACAAGCGCUCGGAGAUGAAAAUCAGGCCGCGGGUUUAG